AUGUCUAUGAAGUCUAUUGCCCUCAAAUCUCUGCUCGCUCUCCCCCUGGCCCUCUUCGGAUCGGCGGAGCAGGCAGACGAGCAAAACACCGACGCCCUCGUCCGCAGCCUGCCCAUCAGCUAUGGCCACUGCUACCAUGUCGUCAAUGCAAACAACGAGUACCUUGGCCAUGACGCUACUGGGUACCACUUCCUCCAAUUUGGCUCACAGGCCAGCGCGGCAGGAUUUAAAAUCUGCUCCCAACCCGGUUUCACCUGUGGUUUGAACCAACCGGACGCGGUUGUUGAUGCAGGCCAGCCGUUCUAUCUCUACGACUUCGUGGGAAAUAUUCUCACCGCGUCCGGAAAUACUAUCGUCUCUAACACGGCGGGUCAACUGCUCGCCGGAGGUGGUGCCUGGAAUCAGUACGUCGAGUUUACCGCCACCAACGAGCGCUCGGACACCAGGACCAUCAGAGUCCAUGCUCGGGACCAUUGGGCUGCGCCUCACGAUGGCCUCUCCGUGAACGGGUUGAACUACCUUAUUACGGACUAUAAUCACGGCUCGUCUCUUCUCAACUUUGUGGAGACGGACUGUAGGGCCGUGUAA